CCAGGCAUGGCCUCUUGAUGUUCUGUGUGUUCAGGUUUGACCGUGGUCUCGGUCAGUUGCGCCUUUUGUUCGAGUUGGAAAACCUUGCGUGACGAGUAGUGUCGCGUGUUCAGGAAGCUUAGCUCGUCUGAAAGUCGAGUUGAGUGCAGGUCCAUAGAAGCACAUCCCCACACACAUAUUACAAGAAUGACUGGUGUGAUCGAACGCGAUUCUAUGCUUCCACCGGAAUCCGAUGAUUAUCGAUUUGAAGUUGCCCGUUUGGCGACCUUCAAGAACUGGCCAUGUUCGUGGGUAAAGCCAGAGGCACUCGCGGCCGCUGGGUUUUAUUACACUGGCAAAAGCGACAUGGUGAGGUGUUUUGAGUGUCACUUAGGGAUAUGGGAAUGGCAAGCGGGCUCCAAUCCGAUGGAGGGUCAUAAACUUGGGCCCGCAAGGUGUAAGUUUAUUCAGGAUAUUCCGUGCGGCAACGUGCCGAUCGGCGCGGAUCCUAGCACGAUUCCGGAACCGGAGCCUAAAGAAGAUGACGAAUGUGGCUGGCACGUGUGUCUUUACGUUAUGAUAGACAGGGGUGGGCCUUAUUCUGGCCCAGACCACGAAGGGACAGAAGAAGAAAAAGUGAAGCACAUGUAUGAAUCGCCAGGGCUUGCCUUGAAACCUCAGCAUCCCUUGUAUGCUAAUUAUGCUAUCAGAUUAGCUUCCUUCGACAGAUGGCCUAUAGCAUUGUCGCAAACUAAAGAGUCACUGGCAACCGCUGGUUUCUUCUACACAGGAAGUGGUGAUCAAACGUCGUGCUUUCACUGCGGCGGAGAAUUGAGGGAUUGGAAGCCGCAAGAUGACCCCUGAAUAGAGCACGCCAAGUGGUUCGAACACUGUUCUUAUCUGGUUUUAAUUAAAGGGACGGCAUUUGUGAGCAACAUCACUGGGGGAGAGUAUAUCGCGACAGAAAACUCAGUUACUCGGUUGAAUGAGAAAGUUGAGAAACUUUCUCUGAUGAAUACUGAGAGUAUUGCUAGCGGAAGCUCUCAAAACUCAACGACAUCUGAAGAAGCUAAUACUACAGAAGAGAGUGCUGUAUCAGGUGAGACCAGAAGCGAAGAACAAUCUAUCGAAGGUAACAAACCGUACUAUAAGGACGCAAAAUUAUGCAAAAUAUGCUAGGAUAGAGAGAUACGGAUCGUGUUUGUACCGUGCGGACAUUUAUUGGCAUGCGCGGAGUGUGCGAAAAAUUUGAGAAUAUGCGGCGUAUGUCGUAAGCCUGUUGAACGUACUGUACAAGUGUACUUCCCAUAGUGUCCUUAUCCGUGUGAUACAUCUGCAAAUUUUGCCCCCAAACUUUCUACUUCGUCAUUAUAAAGACUGAUAUUUGGACGCAAAACUGAAUGAUAUGACUCGUGUAGCACACCGAUCGGCAGGUACAAACUAUGCAAUGUUAAAGCUCUCGUUAAUGAAACACUAGCUUCACGGUUGUCAUGGUCUCAAUAGAACGGAUAUUCUGUUGUAAUACUAAGAAAUCGUGAAUGUAAUUUGUAAUCGUUGUACGAGUAAUAGAUGUUCCUAUAUUCAAAUUAUAUAUGUAUAUGGCUAUGUAACCGAUAUUGCAAAAAUUGUUAGUGUGUGAAACACGUAUGGCAUAUCACAAAUUUUCAUAUUUGAACUAUUAAAUGGCGCAAAUACAGGAAAUCGUUAAAAUCAGAACAGAUAGAUUGUACCUGCAACGGAAUGUUGCUAUUUGAAUGUUUUUGAGUUUAUAUUGUUGUUCACAAACGCGAUAUUUGCUGAAAAGAAUGCGCUGAGACGGUGAGAUAAAAACAAAGCGACCAUUGUAGGAGUACAAAUAGCAACACAACGCACGGAGUCUAGUCAUUUUUAGUUUAUAAUUCAUUUUUUUAUAAUUUUUUUAUUUUAUUUUACAUACAUAUUUUAUUUAGUUUAUAAUUUCGUAUGUAGAAUUCGAUAUACGUGUCUAUGGUAAAGAAACGAAAGGCCCCUUUACAUAAACCGUCUAGCUGGGAGAAGGUCGAUAAAGUCCAGAUCGUGAUUCUUGACGCGCAAAUAUUUGUAUCAAUAUACAUAUUGUUUCUAAAAUAAUCGUCGAACGUUUCGAUCCGUAUUGAAUCUUCCUUAAUGACAAAGUGAGGAGUAAUAUAUUUUAAUGCAAAUAUUUUCGUAUCGAAUAUUUGUGGACUGACUUUAUUAUCCUUUCUAUAAAUUAAUAAAGAAUUUCAAUUUGCCAGUCUUUUCCUAAUUUUUGUAACCUGUUAGGCAUACUUUGUUGUACUUUAUACAUAUUAAUGUACUGCAAAUUAUUAAACGCAUUAUUGUCUGUAAGUGUAAGAUAUUGUAACCUUAACAAA